GUGAAAUCGAUAAUAACAGUGAAGAAGAAUUUUCUAAUCUUAUCUUGAAUAACAAUAAAACUAAGCUUCAAGAAAGGGUUGAAAAUUUUUGGGAUGAUGAAGAAAGGCGAUCAAAAGAAGGAUAUACGCAUCUUUCUGAUAUGCUAGAUGCAAUAAAGAAACGACCAAGAUUUUAUGGAAAUACGAGAUUACAGCUCACAUUUAAAGAUAAAAUUGUCCAUGAAGACGAUGAAGUUAAAUACGGAACUAAUAACACCAAAGUCAUUACUACUUUAAGAGUAGCGGAAGGAUGGGCUUAUAUUAAUUACGAAAAAUCCUUUCAUCCCACUGUAACCUCCUUUCUGAAGAAAAAAUUGGACCUUUCGAAUGCUCCAGGAAGCGAUCAGCUAAGACGGCUCUCAAUUGGAAAUACGUCUUAUGACAACUUACCAAGAAGAAGAUCAAAUAAUCGUGUUUAG